AUGGUGAAGAUUUCAAGGUGUUCUUUGCCUGCCUGGGCCACACAGAACAAGGAGAAGGAGAUGAAGGAAUCACCCUCUCAAUGGCAGGCACAUCUAGGUCGUGAGCAUUUGGUGAUGAAUUAUCACAUGCCUGGGAGGUCCAGCACAAUUCAGGUGUUCGAAUGGCGACCCAAUGACGAUGAUGAUGAUGAGGAUGGAUUCCUGUUGCACCACCCCAUCACAAAGGCUUGUGUAGAGGAAAUCUGGGGAAACUACAACAAGGAAACUAGAAUCUUUGAUCCCUUCUCUAACCAGUGGGACUUAUGUCAUGCCCUCAACCCAACUAGCAUCCCUGACAGUGACGAUCGGGAAGAUAACAACAUUAUCAUGCCUCUGCUUCCUAUAGUUGCUCCCCCUGUACUUCCACCUCCUACUCCUUCCAGUUUCUCACAGGACAUAUACAAAUACUUCAGCAAUGAGGAUUCACUUGCAUCAAGACAUGCGAGUAUUGAAGGACUUGUCCCUGUCUUACAUUACCAUUUUGGAUAUUGA